AUGAAAAAUUGCACUCUCCUGAAAUAACUCGAGGUAAACACAAACACAUACAUCUUGGAUGUGAUACAUAAGAUCUCAUCUAAACAUCAUCUGUCUGACUUAUAGACUCAAUAAAUUUAAUAGUAUUACAAACAACCACCAUUAAUAAACUCAUUUUUAGAAUUGUAUUCCCUUAGUAUGUUACGUUGUGAUUGUGUUAAAUACUAAUAAAUAGUGGAUGAAAUUAAUGAUGAUAUACAUUGUUACUUCUAAACACAAAGUGGUUUGAUUUAGAAGAUCAUUACUUAAGAAAAGAAACCUCAAAUAGAACCUGAACCCAUGUAAAUAGAAGAUGAUGAAGAAUUGAUUAAUAAUAAUAUAGAUGCAUAAUAGGAAGAUCCUCAAUAAUAAUAACCCUCUUAAUAAACUCAUAUACCUUCGUCGUAAUAGUAAUAACCAAUUAAUACAUAAUAAACUACAUAACCAUCAUAGACUAUAGAAGAUGAAAUUUGUAUUCCUAAUUCAAAUAAACACAAAUAUCGAAGAAUAUCUUCAGGACCUUCUGAAAAGGAAGCAAGAUGUGAUUAAUGUGUAUGUCAAGGUAAACCAUCAACAGAAUAAGAAAAUUUAGUAUAAUGCUUGUUAUGCUUAAAUUAUUUGCAUUUCACAUGUAUUUCGAAAUCUAAAGAAUCAUUUGAUAAAUGUUAUAAGGAUCUAGAAUUUGUGUGUCCACCUUGUGUACUUAAGUAUAUGGAUCAUUUCAAUAAAAUAUCUACAACUUUAGUUCCACCAUCUCCAUUUUAAUAAGUUGGAUAAAUAAAUCAUAAAGCAUUUAAUUUUUCAUGUGAUCAAUCCAUUAUCAAUAUUAGAUGUGUAAGAUAAGAGAAUAAAAUUAAUUGCGAAGAAAUUACUUGGCCUGAUAUUGGAGAAUUGUUUUUAAAUUAAAAGAAAAUCUAAGAUUUUAAACCAUUAAUUAAUAAUCAUAGUCUUAAAAAAAGAAAAGAUGAUCAUAUCCUAACUACUGAAGUACUUCCAUAAAACUGUCUAUAAAUUAAAGAAUGUAUUCCUACUCCAGAUUAGAGAAGUUAAUAUCGAAUCUCAUCAGGACAUCUUUAUUUCCUUGGUGUAUAUUCAAUAGAGUAAUUUAAUUCUAAAUAAUUACUUGAUAACAUUAUUAAUUAAAGUGAAAAUUGGAUGAAUAUUGAAUAAUGUUAAGAUUUCAUAUCACUUUAUUUGAAUAAGCAUUAAGCAGAUGAUAUCUCAGUAGAUAGUAUAACUGUAUAAUUAACAUGUGCAAUCACUUUUAAUUUAAUGAAUACACCUGUAAGAGGCUCUUUCUGUUAACAUAUUUAAUGUUUUGGAUUAGAAAAUUACAUUACAGCUAUGUAUUCUAUGUAACCUAGAAAAUGGAGAUGUCCAUUAUGUAAAAAGAAACUCUUCACUAUUUAAAUUGAUGCAUAUCAAAAUGCUAUAUUAAAUACAAUUAAAAAGUAUGAUUUAUAAAUUAAUGAAAUUACUUUUGAUAAUAAUGGGUAAAUUGUUAAUGAAAAAAUAUAAAAAUUACUUACUUUUGAUAAUCUUCCUAAUCAUGCCAUUAAGAAUAAUAAUCGUAUGAUAAAUUUAGAAAUGUUAUCUAAUGAAACUAACAAUAUCUUCUUUAAAUUAUAACUUAUCAAAAGUAAAGAAUCUAAUUCUACAUCAUAAUAUUCAAAUACUCUACAGAAUGUGAUCAAUAAUAUGAUGUUAUCAUCAAAUUAACAUUUAAGAAGUAACAGUUAUGCUAAUUUCUAUGCUAACAAUUAUUACAUCAAUCAAAUGAAAUUAUAAUAAUAAGCAAGAAUGGAAGAAUAAAACAAACUAUAAAAACCUAAGGUUGGACAAAAUCAUGACUCAGCCAUUAUUAUAGAAUGA